GGGACGCCCCCAGAGCCCCCCCGUCUCCCCUGUGCAUGUCCUCGCGAUGGCCUCCCGCCACAGCAUGACGUCGCCCCCCGACACUGACCGACCAGCAGAAGGACGGGAACUCGAAGAGAAACGCCGUGCUCGAGUCCAAUCCAAGUCGGUCUCCCUUCCCCGUUCCCGACAGGUUGGCCAUUCGGAGGAUGAGGCCGCAGAAGGGCCGCAUGAAGAGCUGCUGGCAACGAUAGGUGGGACAGAUUGAUCGCAGUCACGAGUACACAGUAGCCCCGAGUGUCUGGGGUGUGUGCUGAUUCAGAGGUUCUGGCUGACAAGCGGUGGGUGUCUUCUGAGAGAGUUUGCAUACACCUCACAAUCAGCCCACAAGUGUGUGUUCCUUCAGGGGCCAACUGAGAGAGUUCUUCAGUGAAGCCGUCUUGGCCAAGACUGUGUACAUCCACCUCUCAGAUUACAUCGUCACUGUCGAGAAGGCACGCGGGCUCCUGCGGGGUGAGUGUAAUGCACGGUGGCCCCUCGUCACACACACGUGUGCGUGUCUUGCUGAUUUGUAUGUAGACAAUAGACUGACCCCAGAGGUAGCAGCGAAUACUGAGGGGAGCAUUCGCUGCCUUGAUGCUUAUGUGCGUCCAGGCUUUUGAAGUAUGUUCACAGCGCAUCCGACACCUGACGGAGCAUUUUCAAGACGAAUGGACAAAGGAGCAAAGGUCUGCCGCGGUGGUCACUGGUGCUUGACGGACCUUUCUAUCGUUUUCCCGCCCGCUCAGGUCCCUCUACUGGAAAAUGCUGAGGUCCCUCUUCAGCGCAAGAUACGCGACAACUGCAGAGGUGAGGCGAGGAGAGAAGCAAAGCCAAUUGGCCAUCAUGGUAGGGAUCUCUGCCUCUUCAUCAGGACACGAUCGACAAUGACGGUGUAGAGGACCUAGAAGACCGGCCUUUGGUGAGAUAAAUAUACCUCUUGUCAUUCAUCAAAGGCCUGGUGCUUCUUUGCAGGACAUGAAAUUAGCAAUGCUCGCUCGCGGCCUCAGCAGUCUCGAAUGCAAGCGUCACACGACUGCCGUUGUGUCUGUCUCUUCACGGAUCAUUGUGUAUGCAGUGUUGGCCCAUGGCAUCGAGACUGAGAAUCUGAUGGAACAGCGAGAUGAUGUGUCGGGCCACACGUCGGUGGCGACUCAGUCGAGACGAACAACGAAGACGCCCGCCGCUGAUGAUGCAUCGUACAUGGAGCAGCACCAUGCGGCGAUGACAGAUAGAAUCGGUACGAAAGAGACACAAAGGAUCACGGCCCUCCUGCAUGCUUUCUUCUGCUGUUUUUGUGUCCGCUCUCAGCGUUCUUGCAGCGAUUGCUGAGGGGAGAGGACCGUGGCAACGAGUUGGACUCGCCAAUAUUGGUAAGGGCGAAGCACAGUCAGACAUAUCUGAGGAGGAAACGUCCACAAUCCCGUUUGUGUGGAUGCAGGGUGUAGUGGGUCCAACGGGGUUUGAAGUUCCCAAGCUCAAGAAGGCUGGGACGCAGCUCGAGACCCUUAUCGUCACUGCAUCUGACAAGAUGAGGGGUGAGGCGAGCACUGCACGAGAUGUCUGUCACAUCCUCCCCCUAUUCAUACGUGUGCUUCGCUUUAUGGAUCCACCAGAGGAGCUCAGGAGAAAGAGCGCGGCCGCCAGCAGCGAGCGCCCACACACAUCCGCCCAGCCGUAUAGCCCACACGUCGGAUUCUUGGGAGACCUCAAUGCGCCCGACGGCAACGACAGCCGCAUGCUCACCACGCCCCGUGGGCGAGAGAUGGCCCAGAGGAUCGACGAGCUGGCGCACAUGCAUGCCAUGGGUGAGCCGGAUGAGUUCUCGAGUGACAGCGACCUGUCGACACCAAGGCCAGGGAGACGUGUUCGGUUGGUCGAAGAGAUGGAUCAGGGGGAUGGCGAGCCUCAUACAGAGACGGGAAGGCAGGAAAUGAGGCGGUGCUUCAGCGUCGAGGGCCUUCGCAAUAAGAAAGUACUCAGUCGGCGGAUGAGUACCCUACCGGUAAGCAAGCGGCUGAGAUGCAAGUAUCAUGCCGUCAGGCACACCGGCAAAGGGUAAAUUACGUAGACAGACACGGCGAGCAAAACGCCUGUGAGCAAUCAGUGUACGCGUCUGUCGUCUUUUUCAGGUCUUAUUCGUCUCUCGAUGAGGUCGCGGCAAGCCGCAAGCAAGACGCAGACUAUGCCGACUCCCUCUGGCGCGUGGACCACCAUGAAAAUCGGAGGCAGGUGCCGCCUCUCGACCUCAGGAGCAUACACCUCCGCCCUCAUGCACCAGCCAAACAGCCAGCUGUGGAAGCCGCCAGUGCCGCGACAGCGGCAGCAGCAGCAGCAGCAGCAGCCGUAGCUGCAGUGGCUACUGCUGCCAGGGAGGCCUCCCCUCAUCCGCCACUUCAGGAAAGCCGACAGUAUUGCGGCAUGAACCUGGCCAGCUGCAUGGUGCUCUUCACGUCGUGCUGGUCAAGGCCAGGCAAACCACAAAACGAGAGACCAGGUGCUGAUGCACCGGCCAGUGGCGGCGCCGGUCUUCUUCCCGUUGCGUCAAGGGAGCUGCAAAGCACCGGGGCUGCAGCUGGGCUCAUGGACGUGACAAGAGCGCCUGAGAUUUCCAAGGACCGGCAACCUCUCAGAGACGAGACGAGGGACGGGAGACACAGACUGGUCUGACUUGAGGUCGGCGAGAGACACACCCAUCCAACGCGAGAUGCUGAAGCGCAUGUCUGUCUGUCUGUCUGCACCGUGUGACCGUGGACAGGCCCAGACGGGGUGCAGGAGCAGUGAGACGAGCCAGAGAGAGCUAG